AUGCCAUACAACACCCGCCGCAAGUCGCUGUCUCUGCCGCAGCUCGGCACCGCGUUGCCUGGAGCUCCGCGAUCCGCGCGCUCACCGCCUUCGUCAACCGACGUCAACCAGCUAUCGCCGCCUGCGAAAAAAGUCAAGCGACUUCACUCCGACUCUGCUUCCACCUCCACCCUGUCCACCCCAAACAGUUCUCCGCGAAAUCUCCCUCCACGCUUUGAUGAACGUCCAAAGAGUGCUGGUCGCCCUGUGGCGCACACCCCGCCACCCUCGCCCGGCGGCCUGUCGCCGCGCACAAAGGUCGACACCGAGGGCAUCGACGACAUCAUCGUCGUUGCCGUCAUAGAACAGCUGGAAAAGACGGGCAACCGGCCUCACCUCCUCAAGGAGCUGGCCCAUGUCCUGCAGGCAACCAUUCCCAUUGUCGAGAGCUCCGCCAACCCUGCUGCCAUCAUUUCGUCACGCCUCGCAACGUACCUCAAGCGUUCCUGGACUGCCUUGUCGAGAUGUCCGCUGGAUAAGAAGCUCGUCGGAACCCAUCCCAAGCGCAUAUACUACUUCUUGACAACCUGUCCGCACCAGCCAAUCCCUAACGACGCCGGAGCGACCCAUGGCCCCGCGCGAAUCAUUUCACCGUCUUUGUCAGAGGAGGAAGAUAUGGAGAUGAGAUCGCGCGAUCACAUGUCACCCUCGCCGGAGCUGGAUCUCUCCACCCCGGAAUACGACGACGGCCUCGACCCCUUUUCCACGCACUCGCGUCCUUCCACCAACAGCACCACCGAGCACAACCGUCGCGCACAGUCGCCCCCUCUGGAGAAGGAAGAACGGGAAUUCACGCAGACGGCCACCAACCUGCAGCAGCGUAGAAGAAGUCAGGAGGCCACUAGCAACCAGGAAGCGAGUGCGCCUUCCGAAGAAUUCCAUAGGUUCGAUAUUCCCAUGUACAAUGUACCGGAGCUUCGCGAGCAGCAAGAGGAAGCCGUUGCUCGGGAAAACUCGGAAACUGCGGCAGCCCUUUUCGGGCAACUACAUCAACUGCCUAACGUCAUCAACGACUUUGUCCCGAACAGUCCUCUUCUCAAGACGUCCCACACGAUUGAUCUGCCGCCAGCCAUAUUCAAGUUCGGCGAAUCCCGACUGGAUCAGGACGAUUUUGACUGGGCCUGGGCGAUGAAGAGCCCAGAGCACAUCGAGCUCCAUGAGCUAGACGAGCUUCUUGGGGACUUUUAA